GGUCACCUUGACGUACGUGACCGGUCGUCACUUCGUUACUUUUCAAGCCUCUCGUCUUCACUCCUUCCCGAGAGCCCGGCUCAUUCAGACCUAACAGUCUCGGCUCUCUCCAACGCCCCUGUACUUAGGUUAAGAAUAUAUUCACCUAAAAAGCAGCGGAGUGUUUUCCUUCACGCCUGUUCAUCCCCUCAAGACCCAUCUGAGCUACACGCAACCAGACCGGCAGCCGUUACAUAAUUGGUGAUCAGCGGUGCUCCCUGUGCCAAGCCGUUGCUACCUCUUGUUCUACAGCGCUACAAGCCACAAGAACUCACCGAAAAGGGGAAAGGCGUUAUGCAAGACGAGGGAAGGAGUCACAAGCCAGCCGUCCGCGGCAACUCAUCAGGCGCCAGCUACAAGCUCUCUACAGGCGUCAGCUACAAGCUCUCUACAGGCGUCAGCUACAAGCUCUCUACAGGCGUCAAGCCACAAGCCACCUACAAUCGUCAGGCUACAAGCUCACUGCAAGCCACUUGCUACGCAAAGGAAGGAGUCACGCCCACGGGCCAGCCGCCCGCGGCCGCCCGCCAAUCGAAGACAACAACGGCAACACCGCCGCUGCCGGGAGCCCCGCCCAAAUCUCUUACGGCAAUCAAUCAAACAGGGCAAGCUCGGACAUCUACCGGUGACUACAAUCAAUACCCACUUCAGGCGCCUAUACAAGAGGUUACAUACACAGGCCGCCAAAUCUCCACACACUGCUCCAUAACACUCAAAGUACGAAGGGCACGCAGCCGUCCUACGUCUGGCAAAGAGUUCCGGGCGUCGCCACCCUUCUCCCAGAGGGACGCCAUCAACACCCAAGCAGCCAUCAAUCAACAAUCAACGCACACCAGCCGCCAUCCAGGGAGUCCUACACGACUCCGGGAUCCUGGUAACCUUGAGGCCGACGCCCUGCUCGUCGCCAGUACUCCAAUAUCAUCUAAAAGUCCCGGUAUUGUUCCUUUAUACUAUUUUUUCAGAAGUGCUGAGUCAGCUAAUUGCGAUUUCUUUCAAAAAGAACACACGACUCUGAUAAUUCUGUAUAUCUGACACUCUUACUCAUACAUCUAUGUACGCGUAUGCAAUCGUCCGCGUACAAUAAUGAUCAACCUCCGGAUUAUUGUAUAAAUCACAUUUGUGUCUGCCAUACGCAAAUCAACUUCCUUUAGUUUAACCUACACCUCGUUUUUUUUUUUCGCCGUUCGGAAGAAAACCGCCCUUUUCAAGCCAAACUCACUUAUUACUUACUUAUUACCUCCAAAUCUUGUUACUUCUAAACCAUCUAACAGUUACUACCUUUAACAUUCUGUUACAUCUAACAUACUACUCGCUAACCAUCUCCCCUUGUUUUCAGGGGUACUGUGCAAAUAUUAAUUCAGACGCUUUCCGUAUUUAUUUACAGCUAAUAAACCAUGAUAAAAUAUUAUUGCGGAGUUUAGACCAGUUAUGAACAAAAAGACACUCACUGAGAUCGGAGACGUUUUUAAGCGAGAGCGUCAGUUGUCACAAUCCUCGGGAGAAGAGGAAGCGGAACACGAUACAAGCGCCGAGGAGCUUAAUAGUCUAAUAUUACGUUCAGGCACUCAUUAUUCAUCAAUUCCAGAACGCAGGGAUCAUUCACCACCGAGUUCGUCAGGAUACUUACGACCCACUCAACCAAUCCCGAACAUGCCUACCGAUCAUCCUGUAGCCCCUCCUCCAAUUCCUCCUGCCCCGGACGAUUCGGGUCAUUCCAACUCACACCAGUAUCAGACAGUUUGCCGGCAGUGAGUCAGACUAUACGGCGAGACAGUUCCUAGACCUAUGUGAGUCUGCCAUCGUAAAUUCCUCAAUUACGGAAGAUCAUGACAAAAUUGCGUUCAUUCGGUCCCGGUUACUACCAGGCUCUCGGGCACUGAAUUUGAUGCAGUCCUCGGCGUUCGCAUCGGGGGAUAUUGGAGUAAACUAUGAGAUCUUUAAGAAGAAUUUUAUUAAGAUUUUUUGGUUGGGUAGUAAACCAGGCAUCGUUAGACAGAUGGCCCACACGGUAGAUUCCCUCCAAAAGAAUUCCUCAACAAAGCCGAUUUGGGACGCCAUGACUGAGGCAAAUCAGCUGGCAGUUGACUGUGUCAAAAGUUUAGAGGACGCGCAAUGGAUGCCACAUGGCAGUAUGCAAAAACAACAGGUGAAGACCUUCUUGGAUUUUUUAUUUAUUUAUUUCAUAUUUCAGAAAAGAACCGCCGUUCUGCCCUAACCUUGACCUUCAAACCAGGCGGGAAGUUGGUUGACUUCGUCUCAGAGUUAGAAGUCAAGGUUCAAGAACACACUCACAGUCAGCCACUAGCAGCAGCUGCCGCAUUGCAGGCACAAAGUAAGGCAUCUCUCACCUGUAGGUUUUGCAAACAGUCGGGACAUUCCGAGAGUACAUGCUACUCGAAACGUAGGGACUCAGCACACUCUACACAGGGAUCUGAUAGGAAAUCAGGGGGAUACAGAGGCAGCCAUCACUCAUCACACAGGACCCCUAGGCCAAACCAUCAGCGGAAGACUGCCUUUUGCCAUGUCCACGGGAAUUGUUUUCAUGAUACAGACAGUUGUUAUACAAUACAAAAGGCCAGGGAGGAACAGAAGAACAAAUCCCAGGCAGACAGUAAAACAAACCCCUCCACUUCUCAAAAUAAAAAGGCAUGACUACGUGACAGCCACAAGGCAUACAUCCAAGUAUCCCAUAAGGACGAUAAUGAUUGGGAGCAACUUGACUCAGUCAUUACCGCCUUGGGACGGACAAGCAUAAUUGCCCUACCUUGCAAAGUGGGCAAAACUUCACUCACCUUAGCGGUAGACACAGGAGCGACAGUAAACGUAAUCUCAGACUCCGCUUACAGGUCACUGACACGACAGGCGAGAGGGGGAAAUUGGCCGCUACAAGAGAACGACCUGAAUGUGGUAGGCGUGAUACCGUGUGUGGCACCGCGUUGGGAAUCCUAGGGCGAGUAACACUAACAGUCAGUCUACAUGAAAAGAUCAUGAUGUUGCGUUUUCUGAUCAUCUUGUUGUACCUCGGCUCCCUACUUGCAACAACACCCAUCCACCUGAAGCCUGGCGCCCUCACGGCACACAUAGGGGAGGUCUUCCUCAUAGAAGAUGUGCUCCUUGUGAGAUACCCAUAUACUUCUUUGACCAACACCACAGACACAGUCAGGAUAGUCUCAGAAAAUACUACUCGGCAUGGCAGACGCCAUAUGGGCAACCAAGGCUAGGGAAGCAAAGGCACCUUCUAGUACUCACUCUCUGGAUCUUUUUCAACUACUGAAGGAUAGGAUUCUGUUCUUACGGGGAAAGGUAGAUGACGUAGACAAGGACUAUAGCUUUCACUCAGUUCACUCUCGGGUAAAGAGGGGGCUGCUCAACAUCGUUGGGUCCGCCUCAAAGUUCCUAUUCGGUACGGCAACCGACGAGGACGUGCGCGAUUUGCGAGACCACUACAAUCGUGUACUUUCCUUUGCUGCCCAGAAUCGCAGAGUAAUCAACGACAAUUGUAAAGAACUUGCGCGAUUGCAUACUCACAUUGAGGAACUGCUAGAGCAAACGAAUAAGAUGGCAGAAGUUGUCAACAUGGUUGUCAAGCAGACAGACCAGGUAAAUCAGUUUCUCCUUCUAGAUCAGGCCUUGCAUGUACUGGAAAGCGUCAUUGAAUCUGUCACAACGGCGAAUCAGCAGGUUAUUAGCAACAUGGUAGAUGCGGCGCACGGUAGAGUCACACCUGCCCUGUUUCCUCUACACGAUUUGAUAAUGACUAUCCAUAUCGGGUAUCAAAAUUAUAGUCUCAAGCCAUUGUACAACCCAGACAUGAGUCAAUAUUUUUACCCUUUGAUUGAGUCCAGCCUCACGCCCGAUGCCAUAAUUAUUCAUGUUCCGUUCCAGACGGCAGAUGUGUUUGAGGCACAUGAAAUUGUUCCAUUCCCCUUCUCCGCUAAGGACAGUGUGUUGACCCCAGACACGACCCCGUCUCUUGUCUUAAUUGCAAAGGACUUCACUCUGUAUUCAACGGGAAGCUACUCACUAUUGAAAUAUUGCAAGGAGACGGUCUUCAAGCGAUUCUAUUGCUCUGCAUCUCUUUUUGCCUUCCUACCUGUUCGGGGAGGAGUGUGUGAGAUCGCCCUCACCCGGGUGAACGCGUCUGACGCUCUUUCCCUGUGCCCUUACAAGCAACUACCCCCAACACCGGUUUUUCAUAAGAACUUUCAUGGUUUACAUUAUUUCUACUUUCCUCAGUCUUUCUAUGUAUCAGUAAUCUGCCCGGAGGGUACCACUUAUCAACAGGUAAUUGGUCACUAUGCCAUAGCGGAAGCAUGCUAUAUCCGCUCCACUAACAUAACGACGUACCCAUCAAGGAUCCGUUUGGAUUUCACUGCCAAUAUUUCCCAUCGAGUGUUUCCUCAGCGGUCUCUCGAUAACAUUCACUUCUCCAGCAUCUCUUAUGUGACAAAUUCUCUUAAUUCAUUGUCUUUUGCAAACGAAACAGAGUUUGCAGAAACCCUGGAGGAAACGCUGCCUGAAUACUUGCACCUCACCUACUUGUACCCUGGAAUUUUUGUGCCGAUGGUUCUGAUGUUCGUCAGUCUCGUCGUCGUGUGCAACCUUCUUAGGAGGAACUCUGUCCUGCACGAUUAUUUGAUUGUUCAGAUGAGGCGACAGGAUGCAAGGAAGUCACAGGCAAGGUAGUUUUUUUUUUUUUCACGCAAGUAAAAUGAAAGAAAACUGGCAUUCCCCUGCUCCUGAAUCUUGACAUUGUACUGUGUUUCCCUCCUAUUUUUUUUUUUUUUUUAAGGAGCUAAAUGAGCAUUUCAUGUUCUGUACCUAUGCCAGUUGAUAACUACAUAUACUUGUGUCCUUAUGUUUAUCCUUUGAGAGAUUUUUUAUGAAUUAUAUCACACACGCUGUGUUUUACCUCUCAUUAUUUAUGUCAUUACUACACAAAUAUUCUUGCAUAGCCAUUGUUUUAAUGUAAUUGUGCCAUAAGCAGUCUGCUCAACAAGAUCACACCAUGUAUGGUAAACUACUAGUUAGAUUUUUUGGAAGUCGCGAGGUCGCGAUCACUGGUAGGUGACCGAGCAGUGUUAUAGUAGUUGUAGUUAUAUCAGUGUAUUAUUAUUUUUAUUAUAUGUCACCAUGGAUUAGGAAUGCAAGUAUCAGUGGAAAAAACCCACUUCAGAUAGAUCACGCCACCGUCUGUAGGAAUGUCACUUGUCAGUGUUGAUCGUACGAUCGUCUCAGUAUGUAUAAUAAGCAUUUCGUCAACUUAAAGGUCACCUUGA